AUGGCAAGAGGCGGCAACAACAACAAUUCACAACCCCCUACCACGGAAGAGAUGAUGGCCACGAUCAAUGGCCUACGAGAGGAGAAUGCGCGUUCCAGGGAGAGAGAAGAAGCCAUUCAACGUGAGAAUGAGGAGAUUAGGAGGAGGGCGAAUGAGAUGCAGGCCAGAAUAACGGCUAGUACCAGGACUGUGGAGGAGGAUGUCAUGCUGGAGGUCGAAGCUUUCGAUGGAACGCAGGAUCCCAGUCAGCACUUGACAGAUUUCUGGGCUCAAAUGCUGAUAUGUGGGGGAGGCAUGGAGGUCCGUUGUAAGCUAUUCAUGGGCACCCUCAAAAAGGCUGCACUUGAUUGGUUUAGCGGCUUACCGGAUCGGUCAAUCACCGAUUUCGACGUGUUCAGCAGGCUGUUCAUGGCACAGUUCGCCGCCAAUAAAAAGAAGCCGCCGAUCACGUCGGACCUGUUUGAUCUCAAGCAGCAGCAGGAAGAGUCGUUGAAGGACUUCCUGCAAAGAUUCAACGAGGUUGCUUUGAGGAUAGCGUCUCUAGAUGAGAAGAUGGCCGUUAUCGCAUUCCAAAAGGGAUUGAGGUCGGGAGCCUUCGACAUUGCGCUGGAAAGAGCAAGUUGUCAGACAAUGUCGGAGGUGCGAGCCUUUGCGCUGAGUCACAUUAAGACGGAGGAGGGGCAGAUCAGCAAGAGAGCAGCAGAAAACCGAGAAGCCGGGAAUAACAACAAGGAAGGUAACAAACAUCUCCGUCCACGAUCGGAUUGGAAUAAGCGACAUGAUCGUUACAAUACUAAGGAGGGUAACUACAGGAAGGCUGAUUAUGCCGCCAGGCCAAGGGUCGAUUUGACACGUAAUAGUGAAGAAGAAAAAUUUACUACACUUAAUGUCCCCAGACGUCACGUGUUGCAUGAUGUGAGCAGCGCAUCACUUUUCGAGUUUCCCGCGCCAACUGACAGACAACUGGGACCUCUCAAAAUCGAGUGGUGCGAGUUUCAUCGAACUCACGGACACGCGACUGAGAGCUAUUUUGUUUUGGGUAGGCAGAUCGAACGCCUUAUCAAGGAGGGUCGUUUGAAGAAGUUUAUUGCCGGAAAGUAG